GGAACUGUGUGCGCGCUUAUCAAAGCCUGAGGCCACGCCCCCUUGCGGCAGGUGCGGCCUCCUCGAGGCAUUAAAUCAGCGUCUCUCUCUCUGGCGCUCAUUACUGCCGCUUUAUGCGCUUCUCAACAUGGGCGCGCGUUUCUUCCUUCUCUAAGCGCAGGGUUAGUGAUCAGCAGCAAGCAGAAUGAGCUGGGCAGCACUAUAUAGUCAGCUAGGAGGAGUGAACAAACACUCCACUAGUCUGGGAAAAAUCUGGCUCUCUGUUCUUUUCAUUUUCCGCAUUACCAUUCUGGUGCUGGCUGCUGAGAGCGUCUGGGGAGAUGAGCAAUCAGACUUUACUUGCAAUACACAGCAGCCAGGUUGCAAAAAUGUCUGCUAUGACCACUUCUUCCCAGUCUCUCACAUCCGUUUCUGGUGCUUACAGCUGAUCUUCGUUUCUACCCCAGCUUUAUUGGUGGCCAUGCAUGUGGCAUAUCGCAAGCGUGGCGUCAAGAAAGAACUUAUUGCAUGCAAGGGUAACAAAGCAGCAGACGAAGACCUGGAAGGUUUGAAGAAGAGACGUUUGCCCAUUACAGGCCCACUGUGGUGGACCUACACUUCUAGCCUGUUCUUCAGGCUCCUUUUUGAAGCUGGCUUUAUGUAUGCCCUCUACUUUGUCUAUGAUGGCUUCCAGAUGCCACGUCUUGUCAAGUGUGAACAGUGGCCAUGUCCAAAUAAAGUUGACUGCUUUAUCUCACGACCAACAGAGAAGACAAUUUUCACCAUUUUCAUGGUGGGAUCUUCAGCUUUAUGCAUUGUGCUGAAUGUUGCAGAGCUGGUCUAUCUGAUCAUCAAGGCAUUGAUGAGAUGCUUAUCAAGAACCAAGAGAAGGCACUCAUAUAGCCACUCAUCAGACAUGUCAAAAGAUGGGGCUCUGUUGCAUAACAAAAAGAAUGAGACGUUGAUUUCAUCAGUCUCUGAGUCCAGUAAUAGCAAAUCUGUAUAAGAUGUCCAUUGCUUUGUUGAGUUGAACUUUUUCAUGAAUGAAUGAAUUAUUUUUUCCCAUGAAUGAACAUUACAAACAUUAAAAGAGAACAUUUAAUGCAAUUUAUUCCAUUCCCUUCUGCUGAAAUAAAAGCACGAGGUACUUGGUCAUGAAUGUCUAAGUACACAUUUAGUACUGGUUAACAUGUGGCCUUGUUGUUCAUACUGUAUUCCACAGUUGUGUUCUCCUUUGGAGAGAAAUAGACACAUAUUCAUUAACAAAUACAAAUAAAAUUAACUCAUUGCCUAUGUUCUUCAGUGUAUAACUUGGUUUUAUAUUAUUUCAUCAGACAGACACACGUCUAUACCAAUGCAGUCUUUAGGCAGGCAGCAUAACAUUUGUAGACUGCUAGGCAGUGAUUUGAUCUGAAGCCUUAUUUGCAAAGGAUCUGUUAUGAGAGCUUAGCCUCAUUUUGCUUGCAUUUUAACUUUUACAUUUUUUAUUAUUAUUAUUAAUUGUUAUGCUUGAUUUAUAAACAUGAUCAUGAUUAGACAUCUUAUAUGAGCAACAAAUCCUAUGCUUUUAUAUGCAAUAUUACUGUUAAUAAUUGUAAGUAUAAAUGUCUGAAUAUACAUUUAUAUAAAAAUUUUAAUGAUUUGCCAAAUGUUUACAUAAUACAUAUAAUUGCAUUGCUUUAUUAAGUUUAUUUGUCAGUAAUUGUAUUUUUCACUGGCCUUGUUUAACUCAUUUUAGUUAAUGAAUGUGGCUACAUAUGCUGUAAAAUGUCUUUCAUGCUCAUGCAGUUCUAAAGACAAUUACAUAAAAGAUACUCCCAAUUGACAGGAGGUUUCUGUAUGGCAAGGUAUUUUGAUUCUGGUCAUGGGUCUUGGGACUGUAGUGUUUUCUUUCCUAUUCCAAAACACCUGAUCUUGCUUCAUUAGAUGGAUCCAGUGUGUUUGGAUGCAGGGGCAACACAAAACUUUGGGGCAGUGAACCUUUGGGACUGGAAAGGAAAGACUCUGCUAUAUGGAACCUUUUUUUCAGUACCUGUACAUCAUCCUGUCAUACAAAGCAUUUUAACAUUUUUUUUUGUACAAUUAAAUGAACACAUUUGUUAUGUUCCAUACAGAAAUAGCAAAGAUCUGUUUUGUCUAGAAAGAAUAGAUCAAUAAAUUUGU